UAAGACAUAAGCUGAACCUCUGGCCUGCAGUUCCAGAUCCAAGGUGACUGAGACAAACUGCCGGCUACCACUGGCUUAUCAGGAGCACCUGAAUCUAUUGACACAUCAAGGCCACUUUUCUUAGGAGCCCCCUGACUUCCAAAAUCAGUGCCUUUGGAUUCAUCUCUUCUGGGAGAGUUCAGUGUCUUCUGAAGUGUUACAAAAUGUCCUUUGGGGCAAGAAGGCGUACACGAGGAGCUCGACUUUGUAGAAAGGAGAUGGACCACAUGUCUCCCAGGCUGAGAGCCUUCCUCUCUGAACCCAUUGGAGAAAAGGAUGUCUGCUGGGUGGAUGGCAUCAGCCAUGAGCUCGCGAUCAAUUUGGUCACCAAAGGUAUCAACAAGGCCUACAUCCUGCUGGGACAAUUCCUUCUGAUGCACAAGAAUGAAGCCGAGUUUCAGAGGUGGCUCAUUUGCUGUUUUGGUGCCACUGAGUGUGAGGCCCAGCAGAGUUCUCACUGCCUCAAGGAGUGGUGUGCCUGCUUCCUGUAGACAUAAACCUCAUUGCUGCCCCCCACUCCCUGGGGAAAAUGACGCCUUCUCCACCUAU